GAAAAAAAAAACGAAAAAAAAGAGUGAAGCUGGAGGAGAAAACAGCGGAGGCCGAAAUCUGAUCGGGGGACUGGACUGUUGCGCCCCAGAGCCGGUGCAGACCUCCGCCCGGGUCGGAGCAGCUCCUCCGGCAGCUCCUCCGCCGGCUCCCCGACACCUCGACGUGGCACUCGGGCAGCAUGUCCGGCUGAAGCCGCUCACCUGCCGCACCAGAGGACUUAGGGCGAGUCUGUCUGAACUUGGCCAUGGCUCAUUGCACCAGCAUCCAGUACGAGCCGGUGGCAGAGAUUGGUGGUGGUGCAUACGGUACCGUUUACAAGGCCAGGGACACAGAGAGUGGGAAGUUUGUGGCUCUGAAGAAUGUGCGUGUCCAGACGGAUCAAAACGGCCUCCCGGUUUCCACAGUGAGAGAGGUGGCUCUGUUGAGACGGCUGGAGCAGUUCGACCACCCCAACGUGGUCAGGCUUAUGGACGUAUGCGCCACCCAGAGAUCAGACCAGGAGACUAAAGUCACUUUAGUGUUUGAGCACGUGGACCAAGACCUGAAAACGUACCUGGAGAAGGCUCCAGCUCCAGGACUGCCUCCAGACCGUGUUAAAGAUUUGAUGAGGCAGUUGCUGUGCGGACUUGCAUUCCUUCACUCAAACCGCGUGAUGCACAGAGACCUGAAACCGGAGAAUAUUCUGGUGACCAGCCAGGGCCAGGUGAAGCUGGCCGACUUCGGCCUGGCCAGGAUCUACAGCUGCCACAUGGCCCUCACUCCUGUGGUGGUGACGUUGUGGUACCGCCCCCCUGAAGUCCUCCUGCAGUCCACUUAUGCCACCCCUGUGGAUAUCUGGAGCACCGGCUGCAUUUUUGCAGAGAUGUUCAGACGCAAACCUUUGUUCUGCGGAGAAUCGGAAAUGGACCAGCUUGGGAAGAUUUUCCAAGUUAUUGGCCUGCCGCCAGAAGAAGAGUGGCCGACUGACGUUAAAAUUUCAAGAAAAAACUUCCCCCCUCUCAUGGCUCGCCCAAUCACAGAUUUUGUUCCAGAGAUAAAUGAGCUGGGGGCCCAACUAAUGUUGCAAAUGUUGACCUUUGACCCCUUAAAACGGAUAUCAGCUCUGAAAGCACUAGAACAUCCGUAUUUCCAGGAUGAGGAGGAGUCCUCCAUUCAGAAAAGUAGUUGAAAUCAGGAAGUAAACGGUGCAUCAGCAGGUAACUGUGUCUCGGUUUAGAAUUUCAUUUGAGGAUGGAUUGGAUUGUUAUUUUGUUCUUCCUGCAUUGAAAACAAGGAUGAAAUACUCGGAAAAGUGAAGAGCGAACUGGAGGAUCAGCUUUUCAAUGCUUUUCAACUUGUAAAUGUCACUAGUAAUGAUGCUACCCCAUCACAUCUUAAAGGACAGUACCAGUGUUUUUGAUGCUGUGUCGGCGUUGUCAGCAGGGACUGACACACAGUACCUUACUGCCAUCUCAUCUGAAAUGCUGCUGCUGUUAUUUCGCAUAGUGUCUGACACAAAGUGACACCCCAGAGUGUGAAGUUAGCGAUUUUACUAUGUCGGUUGAGCAAGAACGCACAAGAAAGAGACACACUGCAAAGAUACUGGUAUUGCCCUUAUAUUUUAACACUUUUUUUUGUGGGCCUCAUUUCAUGUCCUUAUUUGUUACAUAAUAAAGCCAUUUAAAUCAACCAGUGCUGCAACAAGGAAACUGAAU